AUGUGUCGCGUCGUACUGCUCGACCAGACCCAGUACGUCAACCAUCAAUUGGGAGCGGGGCUCCCAAGAAUCCCCAGGACGGGGGAUAGCCGCGCCACCGGACGAGGUAACUCGUCCGACGUCCGUUCACGUCGCGGUGGUUCAACAGCUGCUCUACUAGAUAGCGCUGGCCACCGCGAGAGUCCUCUAAUGGAGGUGGAGGAGGAGGAAAGACGCUCUCCACACGAUCAUGUGGAUCGGUGUGUUCCCGAGAGCUUCUUUGAUCGCGUAACGCAAGGGUUACGCGACGAUCUCGAGCAUGAGCGGAAUAGGCGUCUCCAGAUGGUGGACACUGCCUCGAAGCAUCGAGCUGAGUUUGCCUUUGCUCAGCUUGAGAACGAGAGAUCUCUGACAUCUCUUCGUGACGAGCUAAGGGUAGCUCGUGGGAUUGUUGAUCGGUCUCGGGCUGAGAUAACUGCUCUUCAGACCCUUGUUGAUGCCCACCAUCGGGAGCACAAGGCUCUCUGCGAGAUGCUUGAGCGCAAGGGCGUUCUUCAUCGGAAGAAGCAGCGUACUGAUGGUACGGCUUAA